UGAGGUGAUGCUGCCACAAAACCAGGUGAAAUUUGAAAGUUAACAAUAGAAAUAUAAUUGGAAUGAGAUUGGAAUAGGGUAUUUGAGCUUCCGGGGAGCCUCGAUUCAGAUAUAUUGUCGAGGUGGACGCGCGAUUUUUUUUGAUUUUUGGGGCGGUUUCAGAAAACAUGCCUGCCUGUGAGCUAGCUUAGCCAGUGGUAGCAUCGAUUCAAACCAGUCUUUCUUUAUAAAUUAGGAUCUUUUAAACUCCAAAUUGAAGCGAUGCUGGGGUUUCUGGCAGCGAGGCAGGCUGGACUGGACGACCCGCUGCGCCUGCGACGUGCAGAGUCGACGAGACGGGUCCUCGGUCUGGAGUUGAAUCCUGAUCGAGACGUGGACAGAAUCCAUGGAAAUGGCAUCAACACCAUUGACAUAGACGCAAUAGAGGGUAGAUACAUGUUGUCUGGAGGCGCAGAUGGAGUGAUCGCCAUCUAUGACCUGGAGAACUUCAGUGGGAAACCACAGUACACCUGCAAGGCAGUCUGCACAGUGGGCAGGUCGAGCCAGUACGUCCACAAAUUCAGUGUAGAGACAGUUCAAUGGUACCCAUACGACACAGGCAUGUUUGUGUCCAGUGCCUUUGAUAAGACCAUGAAGGUCUGGGACACUGAGACCCUGAAGCCUGCUGAGGUCUUCCAGUUUGAGGACAACGUCUACAGCCACCACCUAUCCUCCAUCGCCAGGAAGCACAGUCUCAUUGCAGUUGGCACCAAAAACCCUAAAAUCCAGCUGUGUGACCUGAAGUCUGGUUCACGGAUUCAUGUUCUUCAGGGUCACAGAGCAGAGGUCCUGUCUGUGCAGUGGUCACCCAGAUACGAGCACAUCUUGGCCUCUGCCAGUGCAGACAGCAAGGUGAAAGUGUGGGAUGUACGUCGGGCUUCUGGUAGUCUCCUUACUCUGGACCAGCACAACGGAGACAAGACGAAAGCCUCCUCUGAAGCAGUAAACACAGCCCAUAAUGGGAGAGUGAAUGGCCUGUGCUUCACUGGUGACGGUCUCUACAUCCUCACGGCCGGAACUGAUGACCGUAUGAGGCUAUGGAAUAGUGCCACUGGGGAAAACACGCUGGUGAAUUAUGGAAAGGUCUGCAACGAGAGUCGUAAAAAGCUUCAGUUCACUGUGUCGCGUGGCUGCAGCCCAGAGUUUGUGUUCGUGCCGUGCGGCAGCUCCAUCGCAGUGUACGCCCUCCACACGGGAGAGUUGGUCGCUAUGCACAGGGGUCAUUACAACAAUGUCGACUGCUGCGAGUUCCAUCCAGACUACCAGGAGCUGUAUAGCGGCGGUAAAGACGGUAACAUCCUGGCAUGGGUUCCUGUUCUCCGUGCCUCAGAUGUGGAAGAAGAGUCCAACUCUUCAAAUAAGGCUGCUGCUAACCAGUCUUCGGUGAACCCUGCCUUUCAGGAUGCAUGGAGCAGUGAUGAAGAUUAAUGCUGAUGUUUUGUUUGUGUGGGGAAAGUGGACACAGUUUGGCGGAAAAACAUCCUUCACAAUUAACAGGUCCGGGGAUGAUCAUUAUAAGAUUAAGGGAAAUUUCUCCUUUUGCAAUUAUUGCAAACACAGAUGAAGGUUGUAAAUUGAUGUGAUUUGUGUAUAAAAAAAAAUGUGUCCAGCUUUGUAAGUAUGCACAAUGUUAUGAGUCAUUUUUGUUUUUGUAUAUUUUGUUAUAGCAUUUUAUUGUUGUUUUGAUAAUUAAUUUGAACUUGGUACUUGGUGAUAUUCAUGGGGGAUAGCCGCCAUUGUUUGUGCAAAUGUAGAGACAAGAAGAAUUAUACUUGAAUGUAAUUUUUACAAAACUCAAUACCAUAUUGGAUUUAUACAUUUUAUAAUAUCCAUGGAUGAUUUUGGUUGAAGGGACAUUCCAGAGGUCGUAGAGAAGCCUUUUGAAAGUGGUUUGGUUUCAACCUUUUAGUGAGAGUUUUCCUGCAGCUGAGCAGAGAAGAGGCUGCUUAUAAUCCUCACAUGGGAGUAACCAGGCAUUGAAAAACACAGAUUGUCUUGGGUGUUAUUCAUGGGGCAAAAAAUUUGCAUUUGUUCUGAGUUCAGCCCUUCUGAAAGUAGCAGCGGGGGAAUGAAACUGAAACCACUUUCUCUGUCCCUCCCCUUCACUUGUUUAACAUAUUGACCUUGUUGCCUUGUAAAUACUUGGAAAUUACACUGAACCAAACAAACACAUUUCCAGUGAUCGACAAUGUUAUACGUUUGAAAUAUGCCAUUAUUGGUAACAUAUGAAUACUGUCAGUUUUUGUAUUUGAAAAUACUAUUAAUAUGAAGUGUACUGAUUCUGUCUCUUUCGUCAUAAUGUACUACUAUUUUUCUAAGAUGACCUGAAGUAAAAAAAGAAAAGAACACUGUCUUGUAAUAAAAGCAAUGGGAAUGCCAAA